AUGAAGGAGCCCCUGAAAGCCGACAGCCCCACCAAACUGCGCGUCGCCUGCCUCGACGGGCUGCGGCCGCUGCUCAUCUUCUGGGUCAUCUCCUUCCACUGGGAGCCCACGGGCACGACGGCCAAGCCCUGGCCGACCUUUCUCGCCCCGCUGACCUGGACCGUCGACCGCGUGCAGCGGCGCGCGUGGAUCGCGUGCGACUGCUUCUUCGUUUUAUCGGGGUUCGUCGCCGCGAUGGGCAAAGGCGGCCGGAGCGUCGCCGCGGGCCGCGAGCGCCUCACGUUCCUCUGGCGCGGCAUCGCGCGCCUCGCGCCCUGCUACUACGUGUCGCUCGCCUGGUGGGUGUUGGCGCUGUUUCUGCACGACGUCAAGGUGAAGAACUACGGCCGGUACCAGUCCGACGCCUCCAAGUACGACAGCGUGGACCUGCGGACGCUCCACGGCUCCGGCUUUCCCCUGACCCUGCUCAUGCUCCAGAGCUGGUGGCCGGUCUUCGAGCGCGACUCGUCCGCGCACCCGUACCACGGCCACAAGUGGAAGCCGGACCCGCACGGCGUCGUCUUCGUGCCCUACGCCGUCGACUACACGCUCUGGUUCGCGUCGGCGCUCGUCGGGUGCUACGCGGUCUACGCGUUCCUCGCGGCGCGCUGCCCGAGGACGCCGGGGAAGCUCGCCGCCUCCGUCGCCGUCUGCUGCCUCCUGCGGGCCUCGCCGGCGAUCGUCGCCGCGUGCGUCCGCCUCCCCUGCGCGGGCGAGGCCGGCGACAACGCCAUGACGCUCAAGCUCGAUGAUAUUCCGCGGCACGCCGUCGACGAGGACGGCGUCUGGGAGUGCGCGCGGCGGUGGGUCCCGGGGUCGGCCUACGUCUUUCCGCUCGUCAACGCGUGCUCCUUCGUCGCCGGGGCGCUGACCUUCCGGCUCUGCGAGGCCGUCGACCUGAGCGUCCUCCCGACGACGCUCCUCGCCUACGCCUGCGCGGCCGCGGUCCCGGCCGUCGUCUACGUCUCGCCCGACGGCUCGCCGAUGGAGCGCACGCGGUCCACGCCCCUGACGUUCGUCUUCUGCGCCCUCUGCGCCCUCGCCGUCGCCGACGACGGCCGCGCGGGCCUCUUCCGCGCGCUCGAGCACCCGGCGCUGCAGGCGCUGGCGCCGGCGGCGUACGCGGCCUACGCGUUCCAAGCCCCGCUCAUGAAGACGCUCGAGCUCCUGGGCUUCGACGGCGCGGGCAGCGCCGACGCGCCGGCGUUCUUCCUGUUCCUGCUCCUGUUGUGGGGCCUCGCGCUGGCCUUCACGGCGCGCGUCGACGCCAAAGCCCAGGCGUGGCUCGUCGGGCUCGGGCCCGCGGCCGCCGCGCCGCGCUACGGCACCUUCGCGGCGCCGGCCGCGGACGUCGAGGACGCCGCCGUGCCCCCGCGCGAGGAGCCGCUCCUGGCCCGCUUCGUCGGCGACGCGGUGGACGUGAAGAAGGCCCGCCGGCCGGACCCGCCGGGCGCCGCGCCGCGGCCGGAGCACGACGGCUCCCUCUCCGACUCGAGCUCGUCCUCGUCCCUCGUCCCGCUCACCCUCGGUUAA